UUUAUUUAUAGAGGCAUCCGGUGCCGGCCACUUCCGGGACGGAAAAGUUGGGGAAGAAACAGGAUGAGAUGGAUGGGGAGGUGAGAGAAUGAGGGGUAGUUUUGGAAGAACAGUAUUAAAAUAUUCAAAUGGAGUGUUAGAGUGCAAAUUUCAGCUCCCCUUUGAAAAACUCGCACAAUUUGAACAGUCCUUCAUGUCUGAUGUAGUGUGGCCGGCCACCCAGAUGAAGAACCCAGAACCACUUUUGAGUUUUCUCAGUCAGAGAUUGGAUUUCAGAAGUAACUGGCCUCUGUUUUACAUCUGGGCUUCGUUUUCUCCUGAUAAGGAAAGUUUCUGGCUUCACGGUCUUCGGCAAUCUAGAAACGACACACUUACACCUUCAGACACAUUGACAGACAGUCAAACCCUGGUUUCAGCUGGUGGAGUUUUCGUGCUUGGCUUAUUCAAUAAAAGCUCUUCAGGCUAUUACUAUCUGGGAAUUUGGUUGAAAGCUGAUGCAGACAAGGUUGUUUGGGUAGAACGCGACAACCCCAUGAUAGAUUCAUCUACCCAGCUUCAAAUCCGGUCUGGGAAUUUGGUUCUCACAGACCGUCGUCAAGUUCCACUGAUAAUCAACUCAGGAAAUCUUGCCACCAAUACAACCAAUACAAGUGCCACACUUCUUGAUACUGGAAACUUUGUUCUCAAGGAAGCAGCUACAGGUACUACAAUAUGGCAGAGUUUUGAUAUUCCAACCGAUACUUAUCUCCCUGGGAUGAAGAUUGGGUUAUUUGGUCUAAACAAAACUGAGAAAGCAGGCUUUCACAUUCUUGUUUCUUGGGCAAGCCCUCUAAAUCCGACUCGCGGCCUAUUUACCUUAAGCGUUGAUGUCAACGACCACACAAGGAUUUUGGUUUGGCGAGGAGAUGGAGCUAAGAUGAAUGUCGCUUUCUGGGAAGGAAAUGGCUUACGAUUUAUUUUCCAGAACUCUUCUUCUGGGAAUGUGUACAAUUUUAGCUUCCAGUCUAAUGAAUCUGAAGCCUUCUACACUUUUAGCACCCCGAAGAACUAUGAUCUCAUUUGGUUUGUGAUGGCUUCCACUGGAACUCUGGACCACUAUUCUAUGUUUGAUGGGAAGAUUUCAAGUGUGAGUCAUGCUUUGUGUGAAGAUAUUGAUGAUGGAAGUUCUAAGAGGUGCUUAACUUCAUUACCAUCUAUGUGUGAAAAUGAUGGUAAAUUUUCUGUUAUGAAUGGUUUACUGCCAACUAACACUAGUGAUGGAUCCAUUGAUAUCUGGAGUGAUGAUUGUGAAACCCUGUGCAAAAACAACUGUUCUUGUACUGCAUACACUUCACGUCAUAAUGGACAGCCAGGAUGCCAAGUUUAUUAUGGGAGCAGACAGAAUCUUUUGAAGAUCGUAGAGAAGGGCGUGGGGGAUAUUUUCAUCCGCAGUGGUGCUUCAAGUGAUGGUAAGAAGUGGAAACUCUGGUUGUCUAUCGCAGGUCCUUUGACUUCCCUCUUGAUUUCUAUCUCCAUCUUCUACUGGUGGUAUCUGCGCUGCAGAAGGAAACAUAAAGAAGAUCAAGUAACCAAACGAGAAUCUGAUCAAGCAAGGUUGUUCCAAUUGUCCUCCAAUAAUGCAUCACCAAUACAGCUUGAUGAAGUUAGAAGUGCAAAUAACAUGAAAUUAGGUAGACAGAAAGACCAAGAUAUACCGUUCUUUAGUUUUUCUGCAAUAAAGACAGCAACAGAUCAUUUUGCAGAGUCCAAUAAGCUUGGGGAAGGUGGAUAUGGGCCUGUAUAUAAGGGUAAGUUGCUUCAAGAACGACAAGAAAUUGCCGUGAAAAGGCUUUCAAAAAUUUCCAGGCAAGGGUUGGAGGAGUUCAAAAACGAAGUCUCGUUAAUAUGUAAGCUCCAACACAGGAAUUUGGUUAGGCUUUUGGGAUGCUGCAUUGAAGCGGAAGAGAGCAUACUAAUUUAUGAGUUCAUGCCCAACAAUAGUCUGGAUUCCUUCAUCUUUGAUUCAAGCAAACAGGUACUUUUGGACUGGGAGAGGCGCGUGAACAUUAUUGAAGGGAUUUCUCAAGGUCUUCUGUAUCUUCACAAAUACUCAAGAUUAAGGAUAAUUCACCGUGAUUUAAAGACGAGCAAUAUUCUACUUGACUGUGACAUGAACCCAAAAAUUUCAGAUUUUGGCAUGGCAAGAAUUGUUGGCGAUGAUGACAUUAGGGGACAAACAAAAAGGGUUGUUGGUACAAUCGGUUACAUGUCUCCCGAAUAUGCCAUGGAUGGACUCUUUUCUGAAAAAUCAGAUGUUUUCAGCUUUGGGGUGAUCAUAUUAGAGGUCAUAAGUGGAAAGAAGAACAUAGCCUUUUUUUAUGUUGAUCAGUCCCAAAACCUACUUAGCAGGGCUUGGAAUUUGUGGAAAGAUGGCAACUGGUUGGGGUUGAUGGAUUCAGCACUUCUUGACUCCUGUUCAAGCAAUGAAGUAAUGAGAUACAUUCAGAUCGGCCUUCUCUGCGUUCAAGAAAGGGCCAUUGAUCGACCAUACAUGUCAGAUGUGGUUUUUAUGCUAAGCAAUGAAUCAAUUGCUCUGCCUCAUCCCAAAGAACCUGCAUUUUUAAGUCAUUUCAGCUCAGAUACAGAUUCAUCUUCAAGCAGGCAAAGAUAUUACUCUAAAAAUGAUGUAACCAUGUCACAAGUAGAUGCUAGGUAAAAUUCAUAAUUGUCUGGUGUCUACUUGUUUUGUCUGUAUAAAAUUUGUAAUAGAAUGUAACAGAAAUGCACAUUUGAUUCAAUUCUUUGUGUCCAACUUUAUAUUCAUGUAUUUAGAAAUCUGAUAAACCUCUGCUGUUGCAGUACAAAAUAGAUUUAUUUCAUCUGAACUAUCUCGUUA